AUGCCCUGUGGCUCGUUUCGUAUCGUGCUCCGCCGCCAGUCUCCGCAGUACGAAGCGUCGAAGCGUCGUAUAGGUGCUUCAUCUUUUAGCUCAGCUCCUUUCAUGUCCUUCCACCAGCCCAUUUCGCGCCUUCCCGUGCUGGCCAGCAGUAAUGUCCUCAACAACACUGGACCCACUACGGAGCGAAUGAACGAGAAGGCCGGCCUGCGUGGGACCCCCCGCCCGUUGCUGCCCUUCGCCGUCAUCGUCACGCCUCUGCGUGGCACAGACGUCUCGCAAGGUGCACAUCGCGGUCUGGAGUUGCGUGCGCGUGUCAGUGACGUGCUAAUGGAUCAUCCCGGCUACACAUCCCGCCUGCCGCCCAACGACCUGUCGUCCGGCACGUACAGCCCGAUCGCGCGGAUCGGCAAUGAUUUCAGUUGCUUGUGCUCGCUCACCACUACUGCUGUAGGUCUAUCCUGUAUCCGAAACGUUCAACUGUGGUCCAGAAUUGCUUCACUGUCCUUUCCAUAUGAUGCCCCUGUGCCACAUGCCUCUUCACUGGAAAUGGAGCUAUAUCAGCAGCAGCAUCCGUUGCCACUGCUCGCCCACUGCCUCCCCGCUUGUGCUAUUCAGGGCACACAGGCUCACACAGCGGUGAGGGUUCCGCUGAAAGCUGUAAUGUCGGUCAUUUCAGUACAGAUUAUGGUCUCAUAUCGGAUAAUAAUGAUUGCCAGCAAGAACAGCGGACUGCCCUUCUCCUCUUCCCUCGUAAUUUGGCGCAAUAUGGUGAACAAGACCCACUGCUUCUGUGAAUCGUCGAUGCCCUUAACAUCUGCGACCUGCUUCGUUCCGGCUGCAUAUGCGGCCGAGAUGAUGUUAGACAGCUCCUAUGUGCCCCGAGACUCACGCGCGCGCAUUCGCUUCCGCGCGAAGCUGCUUCGCGAAGGUAGAACGUGGAAGCCAUUUCUUGCACAAAUCCCUCGACCAUCGUCCAUCAACAGCCAUUAUUACGAAUUCUCGAAUGAUUCAGCAAGUGUGGAAGCAACGCUGAACGCUUCGCUCCCGCUCCCGUCCUGUGGCAUUAUUGUGGGCAUUUUAGCCGAUGGAUUCUCGUGCGAGAAGCUUGAGUGCAGCAAGCAGUCGUGGCAUAUCUGCCGAGUAGGUGGUAGAAAUUGGCGCUGGUAUUGGAAUUGGAAUUGGCGCUGGCAUUGGCAUUGGCUGUUGAUAUUCUGCGAGAGCAUGCCUACUGGCGCUGGAAUUGGCGGUCCUUCCUUACCACCCUUCCAUUAUGUUCUUGCAAGCUCGCUGAGUCCUUGUCCCAUCCCCGGAAAAGUGAGCCGUAACACCACGCUCGAUCGCGUUGCUUCUGUGAGAGCUGGCUUGCUUCUGCGAGAGCCGCUGCUUCUGCGAGAGCUGGCCUGGUUCAGCUGCUUCUGCGAGAGCUGGCCUGGUUCAGCUGCUUCUGCGAGAGCUGGCCUGGUUCAGCUGCUUCUGCGAGAGCUGGCCUGGUUCAGCUGCUUCUGCGAGAGCCGCUGCUUCUGCGAGAGCUGGCCUAGUUCAGCUGCUUCUGCGAGAGCUGGCCUAGUUCAGCUGCUUCUGCGAGAGCUGGCCUGGUUCAGCUGCUUCUGCGAGAGCUGGCCUGGUUCAGCUGCUUCUGCGAGAGCUGGCCUGGUUCAGCUGCUUCUGCGAGAGCUGGCCUGGUUCAGCUGCUUCUGCGAGAGCUGGCCUGGUUCAGCUGCUUCUGCGAGAGCUGGCGUGUGCUGGCGUGUGGUGGUGCCUGGUUCAGCUGCUUCUGCGAGAGCUAGCGCUGGAAUUGGCGGUGAAAUGGCGCUGGAAUUGGCAAUGGAGAUAGCACUGGAAUUGGGAUUUGAUAAGCUCGCUGAGCAGGCUUUUCCAUCAUGUCCUUUUGAGCACAUUGAAUUGGCUGUUGACGCGCUUGCCGAGAAGGGCUUGUGUCGUGAAAAUCGUAUACAAGAGCUGGUCGAGAAGCGUGAAUUCGAGGAAGCGACAAGGAUGCCGACUGCUUCCUUCCGCGCAUUCACAACACGACUUUCACGACUUUCACAACAGCACAUCACCAAUGCAGCGAGAUACGUCGAUUAA